AUUCAAUAAUCCUUUAUCCCUUGAAACCCAUUUGGCAUUACCUGCUCUAUUUUCUUUUCACUACCUACGGUUAUUAUUAUUUAGCUGGUGGAACACACAAUUUGAAGGUGUUAUUUUGGCUUUUGAAGCUCCAUUAAUGGCUUCUUUGAUGAGGAGCUUCCUGAAGAAAAGAGCCUCUGAAUCUCAAUCUACGCUCAUGAAGAGGUUCUUCUCUACACAACCUAUCAUUGCUUCUCCAUCUUUUGCUGAGAGACUCAGAAAUCUCCCUAAGGAUCUUCCCAGGACCAAUAUCAAAAAAGAUGUUCCCCAACUCAUUGGAAGAACUCCCCUGGUGUUUCUUAACAAAGUCAGUGAAGGCUGUGGAGCUUAUAUUGCUGUUAAGCAGGAGAUGAUGCAACCUACUGCUAGCGUCAAAGAUAGGCCUGCACUUAGCAUGAUAAAUGAUGCAGAAAGCAAGAACUUAAUAACUCCUGGAAAGACAGUUCUGAUAGAGCCAACAUCGGGAAAUAUGGGAAUCAGUAUGGCGUUCAUAGCAGCCAUGAAAGGCUACAAAAUGGUUCUGACCAUGCCCUCCUACACAAGUUUAGAGAGGAGAGUGGUUAUGAGAGCAUUUGGAGCCGACUUAAUACUCACUGAUCCCACCAAGGGGAUGGGAGGAACAGUUAAGAAGGCUUAUCAGCUUUUGGAAUCUACACCCGAUGCUUUCAUGCUCCAACAAUUUUCAAACCCUGCUAAUACCAAGGUGCAUUUUGAAACUACGGGACCUGAGAUUUGGGAGGAUACUUGUGGACAAGUUGACAUCUUUGUAAUGGGGAUUGGCAGCGGAGGCACUGUUACUGGAGUUGGACAGUACCUUAAAUCCCGAAAUCCCAAUGCUAAGAUUUAUGGAGUGGAGCCAGCUGAAAGUAAUGUACUAAAUGGUGGUAAACCAGGUCCGCAUCAAAUUACUGGCAACGGUGUUGGAUUCAAACCAGAUAUAUUGGACAUGGAUUUAAUGGAAAAAGUUCUAGAGGUUAGCAGUGAAGAUGCUGUAAAUAUGGCAAGAGAAUUGGCCUUGAAAGAAGGACUUUUUGUAGGUAUAUCAUCUGGAGCUAAUACAGUGGCAGCACUUAGGUUAGCUAGAAUGCCAGAGAACAAAGGCAAACUUAUUGUGACUGUUCAUCCGAGUUUUGGAGAGCGAUACCUGUCAUCUGUCCUGUUUCAAGAACUGAGGAAUGAGGCUGAGAACAUGCAACCAGUUUCAGUAGACUGAUUCUAGGAAGGAGGCUUGUUCAAAAGUACCAAGGCUUUUUUUUAAUGAUAAAAUGUUGUUGUUGAUCAUGUUGUAAUGAAAAUAUUAUUGAAAAAUGCAUUGAUAUAAAUAAUUUUAUUUCCA